AUAUAUGUAGAUAUGUAUCUGUAUCUGCUGUCCGUACCCAUUUGCACGCAAAUCUUCCGCAGCCAAUGCAUCUGCUUGAUUGUGGGAUUUUGAGUCCUCCCUGCGUUGCAGUCAUGCCAGCAAGCAGCACGGCCGUAUGGGCCAUAGCUGGCUGAAACGAUGCGUGUAGAAGGCCGGCCCCAGCCGAGCGGGGACUGCGAGAGGGACCGUUUCAGCAAGGAUGAGGUGCUGCGCGCAGUGGCUGCGCUGCUGGCGUCACCCGCGGCGCCCCAGGACCAAGCUGCUGCAGCCUCGGCCCGGCGCACCGCCGACAAGCUCCUGUGCGACUUCCAGCGGUCCGACAGCGCUGUGCCUGUGUGCCUGGAGCUACUGGCAGGCGCCAGGCAGCUGCCUCCCGAGGCCGUCAAGCUGCUCUCGUCCACCGUGAGGAGGCGGCUCCAGGCGCGCGGCGCGGGGCCCGGCGACCCUCCCCCCGCGGAGGUGCUGCGCCUUGCCGGCGCCGUGCAGCUGGAGUCCUCGGCGGCGUCGGGUGCAGGGGAGCUGCUCGUGCGGGGAGCCGUUGCGAUGUGGCUGCACGCAGGCGGGCCGCUGCCCACCGAGGCUCUGCUCGUGGAGGCCGCUGGAGCCGACGCGGCCAAGGCGGAGCUGGCGCUGCUGGCGCUCCGUGCGCUGCCAGAGGAGGCCAACGCGAAGGAGGUGAAGAUCGACAGCGUUCGGCCCCAGCUGCUGCUCGAGAUCGCCUCCACGGCGACGGACGUGCUCCAGUGCACCGGGCGGCUGGAGCUCCCGCGGCCUGCGCUCGCCCUGUCCGCGGCCACGAGCUGGCUCCUCAUGAGCGACAGCAGCGUGCAGGCGCUCGACGAGCUUGCCGCGUCGCCGCUGCUGGCUGUGGCGGCCAGGCUGCUGGCUGGCCCUUCAGGCGCACAGGACUCCGGGCACAGCUCUGCGGUGGCGGCAGAGUUCUUGGAGGCGCUGCUGCAGAAGUCCCGCUGCGCCCCAGCGUGCCCGGAGAAGCUGGCGCACGCGCUGCUUCGCCUGCUGGCCGAGGUGCAGCCCUCCAGCGCUGCGGAGCGCACCACCCUCUGCGGCCUGGUGGCGUCGGCCACCAGCGCCUGGUGCCGCUUCUUUGUUGUCGCGGAGUCGCCGCCGGCGCCCGCGUGGGCGACCUUGCUCGACGCGCUCAUGGCUGGCACGCGCUGGGGCCACCAGUUCGCUGCGCUCACGAUGCAGACCUGGGUGGCCCUGGGGGAGCAUGUCGUCAAGGUGGGUGCUACCAGGGCGUACGCGAUGGUGCUCGUGCGCGCCAUGGGCGCUCUCCGCGCGGCUUCUGUUUACACGGAGCGUUACGAGCACCUCACCGCUGAGGCGCGGGACGAGUUCGUGGAGUAUCGGAGGGAGCUGCGGGACGCGCUGCGGCUGCUGACGGCCAGUGCCGAGGCGCGCCACGCGCUCCUGGAGCAGCUGCAGGCCGACGUCGCCUCGGGCCUCCGCGGGCCGUGGCGGCCGCUGGAGGAGGCCGUGCACGCGCUGUCGGCGCUCGCCAAGGCGGUGGUGGUCUCUGCCUCCGGCGGCCCUGCGGAGGCGCAGGCCGCGGCUGUGGUUGUGCAGGUCCUCUCGGCGCUCGCGGCGGACGACGGCCCCGUGCUUCGGUGCGACUGCCACCGGCAGCUGGCAGCAACCUACCUCAUGUGCGCCUCGCACUACAUGUCCCUGUUCUUGCAGGACCCAGGCGGGGCCUCUCUGGCCCCGCGCGUCCUGCAGAUGGCGAGGGCCUCCCUGGCGAUCCAGGAGCACCCCGCAGAGGGCGAGGGCUUUGCGUACCCGUUCCGGGUGAAGCAGGACCAUGUGGGCGUCGUCUGCUUGCUGAAGAUUUGCCUCGGCUGUGCUGGGCGCACCCUGUCGCCAGAAGCGGCCGCAGCCUUGCGUGGGGACGUGCGGUCUCAUUUGUCGGAGGCGUCGUCGUCGCGGGGAUCCAGCUCGCUUCAGCCACAUUCGGUGUUGGUGCUGGUGCAGGCGGCAGCCGUGGCGGCGGCGUCCUGGGCAGACGCCUCGGCUGGGCUCUUGGGUGACUGCCUGGCGAUCGCCCGCGAUAGUGGUUCGCCGGCACAGCUUGCCCUGAUGGGGGCCGCAGAGGUCGUGUCCCACGCUGCGGGCGUGCAGGCGGCUGCCCUGGCGGCAGCGCUGGCGCCAUUCUGGGCCUUCCUCUCGGAGGCCCACUUGGACGCCCAGGGCCUCGCGGCCCUGCUGUCGCGUGCCGCAGAGGCCUUGCCAGCGGAGGCGCUGAAGCCGCUGGCACAGCUCGUUGCUGGUGUUUUUACACAGCGCCCCGACGCGAGGGCGCCUCUCCUUGGCGUGACGACGGCGCUCGUGCACCGGUGCGCGCGGGAGGCUCAGGAGCCAGCCGCGGUGACCGCCCUCACGGCCGAGCUGCUGCGCGGCGUGGGCGAGAUCACGUGGGCGCAGCUCGACGCGGAGGGGCGCGCCUCGCGGCGCCUGCGGUUGCUGGCGGACCCGGCCGUGCGCAGCUGCGACGAGGGCGGCGUGGACGUUGAGGUGGUGCUGACGACGGCGGCGGAGCGCGCCGCGAUCGAGGAGUGGGCGCGGCUGGUCCACGAGGCGGGCAGGCACGCGCCCGCGGCGCUGCUCUGCCAGGGUGGCGGGGGGCUCCGGCUGGCGCUGUGUGCGGCCCUGUCGCUGGUGGCCGCCCCGCAGCUGGACCCCCCAGCGCGGGCUCUGGCUCUGCUGGCGCAGGUCUGGGACGAGGCCGGCGGCGUACGAGCUCAGGCGCACGCGGCGCUGGACGCCGUCGGAGUGGCCGGGGUCGAACCGCCCUGGCCCCUGGGGGCGCUGGCGGUGCGAGGCACGAUGAAGGCACUCAUGGGCCAGAUGCCGCCGAACGCCCUGGGCGUGAUCAUGCCCGCCGCGCGCGCCGUCUUCCAGUACGGCCCGGAGGCGGCGGAGGCGUGGGUGGCUAUGGCCGUGGGUGGCGACGGAUUCCCGUCACCCAACACGAAGGAGGAGUCCAAGGCCAGGCUCGUGAAGGAGCUGAUGGAGGCGAGCGGCGAUGCUCAGAGGUUCAAGCAGGCGCUCAAGAGGUUCUGCGGCGGUAAGAAGAAGGGCAAGUGAGUGGUCACUCUUCUAGGGCUGCCCGAACGGUCACCUCAUAAUCAGGUCUGAGCGGCUGCGCGACGCCCCUGGGCUGAGCAAUCCCGUGGCUAUGUUGGGGCAGUUUUUGUUGGGCCCACUUUGGAGGCCUCUUGGAGCCUCUCGGGGGCAUCGUGGGGCCUCUGGUGGGGCUACCUGUGGGCUAUCUGGAGGGCAUCUUGAGGUCUUGGUGGCAUCUGGGGGCCAUCUGGG